UUUUUUUUUCUUUGUGAGGAACGUAUCAAGUGAAUUCCAAAAAUAAUAAAUUAUUGGAUGUAGUAGAAAUAGAACACUGACUAGCCCGUGGAGGCGUGGACUUACAGCAGCCGGUGGACACCAUCCCCCGAUCUUCACUGUCCCAACUAACUUCCUCAAACCCAAAUUCAAAACCCUAAUCAAACCUCAAUUUCCAUGUAUAUGUAUGUAAAUUAUACCAUAUAGAUACAUAUACUUAAGUUUACAUAUACGUUUAUUGAGUAGUAGGUAACGAGGACGGGCUACUUUGAUGGCGAUAGUCUAUGCGGUGGUGGCUCGGGGGACUACCGUGCUCGCGGAGUUCAGCGCUGUCACGGGGAACGCCGGAGCAGUUGUGCGGCGGAUAUUGGAGAAGCUGCCGUUGGAGGCCGAGUCGAGACUCUGCUUCUCUCAGGAUCGAUAUAUUUUCCAUAUUCUCAAAUCUGAUGGCCUGACUUUUCUCUGUAUGGCUAAUGAUACCUUCGGAAGAAGGAUACCAUUCUCAUACUUAGAGGAUAUACAUAUGAGAUUCAUGAAGAACUAUGGCAAAGUGGCACCUUAUGCACCUGCUUAUGCUAUGAAUGAUGAAUUCUCAAGAGUCUUGCAUCAACAAAUGGAGUUUUUCUCAAGUAAUCCUAGUGCUGAUACCCUCCACCGUGUUAGGGGUGAAGUUAGUGAGAUACGCACAAUAAUGGUGGAUAACAUUGAGAAGAUACUUGAAAGAGGUGACCGCAUUGAACUUCUUGUUGAUAAAACAGCAACAAUGCAAGAUAGUGCAUUUCACUUCAGGAAACAGUCAAAGCGUCUUCGUCGAGCUCUUUGGAUGAAGAAUGCCAAACUCCUGGCUUUGUUGACGUGCUUGAUCGUAAUACUGCUGUACAUAAUAAUUGCUGCUGCUUGUGGUGGCAUUACCCUACCGUCCUGCCGGAAACGGUGAUUUCUUGGAUCAGGGAUGCUAUAGAUGAUUCUGGGAUGAUGAUUCUCAAUACUAUAUAUCGUUGGAUUCUCCUUCCUCUAGCCCGUGUUAAUCACUUCCAACUGCUCCUCGUUGUCCCAGAGCUGUGUGGAAAUAGAACAAUAUCAAGAACCAUGGUCAUCUUCUUUUUUCUUUUUCUUUUUUUGUAUAUUAUAAAUGCUAGAAUUUUUGGGCCUCCUGGUUCUCGUAAAAUGUUAAUUGUAGUUCCUUGUAAAACACCCCUUUCUUUUCUUUUUUUUUCCUUUA